AAUAAGAUAAGCACCUCAUCUACGCAAAUAAUACCCCUUAACCCACUACCAACAAUCACCCGAUCCACUCCUUACCGUAAAACUCCAUCCAAACGCCAACCACGCCCACACAACAACACGUCCUCACGUGACAACCCAUUUAAUCACCACCGAAGCUUAAACAAAGUACGUCAAUCAGAUACUUCCGCGGCGCCCAUCAUUAAUUAUCAUACCCCCAUUUAAUUCUAUUCCAACCUCACCGCGCAAGAUUACCAUGAUCGCAAUAAUAUAACCGACACUCGCUCAUCCCAUGUCAAUUCAAGUUUUACGAGUACUCAUAAUAUUAUACCAGAACUCCGUGAUAACACAAUGCCGCCUCCCCUCCCCUCCCAACACCGCGGUAUGACCGCGAACCCCCUCAAACCCAGCCGCUACCGACCUGGAAAACCCAUUGCAGAGGAGCCCUCGUCCUCCGAGGAAGAGGAAGAUGAUGAGGAAGAACGGAGGCAGAUCCAAGAGCAAGAACAGCGGCGCAGAUUAGAACAACGGAGACAACACCGGGCGCAGCCGAAGGCGAGUUCGUUUCCUGCGGGGGGAAUUAAGAAGGGGGUAAAGAAUGCGCAGAUAGAGGAGGAGGAAGAAGAUGAGGAGGGGUUUGUUACUGAGGAUGAAGAGGGAGAGGAUGAGGGGAAGGGAGAGGAGAGCAGACCUGUUCCCCGUGUUGCUGGCGACAAGGGGGGUGCUGCGCCAGUGGUGGUUCAGGCGCUAGGGGAGGAGGUGAGUGAGGAGGAAGAGGAAGAGGAGACUUCCGAAGAUGAGGAGAGUAGUUCUGAGGAUGAGGCGCCAAGGAGGGUUCUUUUACGGCCUACGUUUAUUAAGAAGGAUAAGCGCGGUGGGCAGGCGCAGAAUGGGGUGGGGGCUGCGCCUAGUACGGCUGUUGCGGAUUCGGCGGCGGAUUCGGAUGUUCGCAGGGCGCAGCGGCAGGAGAAGGCGGAUAUGUUGGUUCGCGACCAGUUGGAGAAGGAUGCGAUCGCGCGAAGCGCGGCGAAUAAACAGUGGGAUGAUGAUGAAUUGGAGGCGGCUGAGGAAGGUGGUAUUGAUGAUAACGAUGGGGUAGAUCCUGAGGCUGAAUACGCCGCGUGGAAGCUCCGUGAACUUAAGCGUAUCAAGCGAGAGCGUGAGGCCAUUGAAGCUGCGGAGAAGGAGCGCGAAGAGGUCGAGCGCCGCCGGAACUUGACAGCAGAGGAGCGUGAUCGCGAAGAUCGCGAGUAUAUUGCCAAACAGCAAGAGGAGAAGGAAGCUACUCGGGGGCAGGGCGGGUUUAUGCAACGCUACUUUCACAAGGGUGCCUUCUUCCGUGACGACCUGGAGAAAGAAGGACUGGACCGACGGAACGUCAUGGGUGCCAGGUUUGAGGACGACGUCUCACGUGAAGUUCUACCUGAAUACAUGCAAAUUCGAGAUAUGACAAAACUUGGAAAGAAGGGACGGACACGAUACAAGGACCUGAGAACGGAAGACACAGGACGCUUCGGUGAUGGCUUUGACAAUCGACGCCGUCGUGAUGCCCCCAUCGGAAUUAGAGAUGAACGAUUUCUGCCAGAUCGCCCAGACGACCGUCCUAAGGGGCCUACGGGAGCCAAUGCCGGUCCAGUACGCGAGAGACGGAGAUCAAGAUCUAGAUCAUACUCACCCAGGCGGGACCGACGUGAGCAAAGAGAACGGCGUGAAAGCCCAGGUCGGGACCGUUCAAGAGAUCGGCAUCGUCCUGACACAAGCAGUCGCAGGAAACGAAGCCCAUCUCCAUACGAGGAUCGCGAAAAGCGCAGAAGGAUGAGAAGUGAUUCGUAAGGAACAACAGAAAAGUGCAAAUAGAAUCAUUUUAUUCCUAUUGGCGUUGUGGGUAUCUUGAAAGUAUGGGCGGGUUAUGGUUAUGACGCUUUGCAUUGAGAAACCAAUAUCUUUACCUUCCUCCUGUAUUUAAUGAGUCCUCAUCUCGGGGGGUGACAUGAAUUAUACCGGAUAACCCCCUUGUCGUAGUUUGGUCAAAUGAUCAAUUGGGCAUCUGCUUUGACACAUGUAUAGCAGGAUGACACCAUCUUGUUCAGAACUCCAUUUUCCUGUAUGAACAUAAACGCCGUCGCCGCAG